AUGGACAAUCCACCUCUGAGUGGGGCCCCAGGCAGUGGGGCCCAACGGUGGUUUACCCAUACCCCUAAAGUGGAGCUAGAGAAGGAAGAAGUACCCAGCUCAUGUCUCCUUCCUGAGUCUCGUCGUACAAGCGGAUUGAGAACGAUAGCGACAAUACUGGAGAGUGGAGGUGUGUGUGGAAUUCCCACAGACACAGUCUAUGCGCUGGCUGCUUCCUGCAAACACCCCGAAGCCAUCAGUAGGAUUUAUACUAUAAAGGAACGUCCUUCAGAGAAACCCAUCUGUAUCUGUAUUUCUAACUUGGAGCAGCUGCGCGUGUUAAAUCCUCCAUUCAGUCCUCUCUUGUGGCGGUUCAUGGACUCCGUCUAUCCCGGAGGGAUAAGCUGCAUUGUGAAGAAGGGGGAAUGGCUAAAAAGAUUAGGUGUGGGGCCUGCCUAUGAUUAUGUUGGAACCCAAGACUCCAUAAUGAUCAGAGUUCCUGAUCACUCUGUCACAGCCCAUCUUACUGACAUGACAGGACCUUUAGCAAUCACCUCAGCCAAUCCAAGUGGAGAAAGCGAUAGUACUCACCAUGACCAUGUGAUAACACGCCUGAGCCACAAACUGGAUGCGAUUCUGUGUGAUGGAUGUUCCAAUGAACUUGUGGGAUCAACUGUAGUAAUCUGCACCAGAAUAGAUGAAGGGACUGUCAGUAUAUUACGGGAAGGCUGUGUGCCGGCUGCUAGGAUUAUGCAGCUGUUUGAGCGUGCUAAGAACAUGAAGGAAGAUGUGCUGUAGUAACAUGGAAAUAAAUGCUGCAUUAGUCACCUACCUAUUAACUUGAACUACAAGUCCCGCAGGCGGGACUCAAAAAUGUUUUACCAUGUGUUAAUACUGUAUGUUUAUAUAUGUGUGAAAACGUUGUGUGCGCACUGUGUAUAUUGUUACAUUGUAAAUUGGAAAAUGAAGAGUUGUUGUUUUUUAAGCAUUUUUACUAUUUAAGCUAUUUAAGUUACUGUAGCAUAUGAGACAGUAUUAUCAGCAGUCUAAAGCUGUUUACACACUAUAUAUGUUUUAUCGUCCAAUAUAUUGUCUGACGUGGAUCAGAGCGAUAUAGUGUACACCAUGGAUAGUGUGUACCCCCAAUCCAUCGUUCCCAGGUGUCGUUCAUUGAAUCAUCCUAUCGGAUGUGCUGCACGCCCAAUUAUGUGAUUCCAUGGCCGUCACAGUGUCGUUACAUGCAGCAUCUAGCCAUACAUUGCACCUCUGUACAGCGGAUCAUAUAGUGUGUACGCUGGUACACUGUUCUACAUUGUAGUGCUACAUACUGUACUAUUAAAUAACAAGCAUCAUAAGAUAUAUUAUUUAUUAUUAUUUAUUACCAGUUAUUUAUAUGGCACACACAUAUUCCGCACAGUUUAUACUUACCUUAAUGUGAUUGUUUUAAAAUAUAAUAUAAAAUGAAACACAACUAUAAAUUCUGACACCUAUUUUAAGUUGAAAAAAAUAUGUUUUCAGAAUUAAUUUUUUUGCUCAUAUUUUGUAUGAUUUUAAAUAAAGUGCAAUAAUUUAUUCUACUUUCCUGGUCUUGCAAUGUGAAUGAUACAAAUGACGUAAUGCGCUCAAACCUGGGCUGUACUGCAGCUGCUACUGUUUAAUCACUAGCUAGGUAGGUAGCAUGGACACGAGUGUAUGCUUUGUAUUCUAACGCACUUGAGAGCUGAGAGUCAGGAACAGAAUCUGGCAAAUGAUAUCACACCAAAAAGGUGCAAAGGAUGGAAGAAAUGUCCUAUAUAAAUCCCACAUAAUGUGUCCACAUACUGGCAGAUAAAUUAUA